AUGUCGACCGACCCCUCACUGAGCUUCUCUUCCGACCACGAGACCGGAAACGUGGCCUUCGCAUGCGCCUACUUCCUCUUGUUCGCCGUCGCGUUGCUGUUUAACAGUGUCUCCGCGUGGGUGUCCUUGCACCUCCGCUCCACCUCCACAUUCAUUGUGUAUCUUAAAAACCUGGCGGCCGCUGACCUGCUCGUGACUCUGUGUCUCCCUGCGAUGGCAUUGAGCAAGCUUCCAGGAGCCUCAGUCGAGGUCGUGUCUUUCACGUGCCGCUACACCUUCGUCAUUUACUUCUCCUGUUUGUACAUAACUCUCUCCUUAAUGGGACUCAUCAGCCUGGAUCGAUACUUUAAAGUUGUUCGACCGUACGGAAGGCUGCUAGGACAGAGUGUGAUGUUCAGUCUGGUGUCGUCCACCUUGGUUUGGAUUGUGAUAUUUGGCAGCACAGCAGUUCCAACCUUAAUUCUAGCCAGCCAGGUUCCAUUCAAUGUGACAAACGUCUGUGGGUUUGUAUUAAGUCCAGAUGGUCAGGCACUCCGCAGGUUUGUGAUUUUAUUUACAACCUUACUUUUCUGGUUAAUCAGCUUAGUGAUUGGCUUUUGCUACAUCUGCAUCACCCUGAAAGUCCUGCAGUCGUUCAGAAACUCUGGGAGCAACAACAGCCAAGGGAGCAGAAAAACCAAGCUGCGGGUCUUCCUGAUCCUCCUUGAGUUUUUCUUGUGUUUUGUGCCUUUCCACUUGCUCCGCAUCCCCGACACAUUAAUAAAACUCUUUCACUCAGACGAUAGCAUUGCCGGUGGGUCGACUCUAAUGAGUGACUUGUUCCUGUGGAUGUCGACCGCCAACGUCUGCCUGGAUCCUCUUCUCUACAUCUAUCUGUGUAAGGAGUACAGAAACAAGCUGGUCGAAAUGAUGGAAGCUGCAGGGAUCUGUGUCGGGUUAUGUUCAAGUGAAAAACAGGAUGACUCCCAGGACACCAGUCAAUAG